AUGAAAUCCCUCACCCACCGGCUCUCGCGCCUCAAGCCCUCGUGCUUCAAAAUCAGCUAUUCGCCAACAUACACCUCCUUCCUGCCCAACCACAUCGCGGUCAACGCCUCGCACCCUCUGCACAUCGCCCAGCGCCGUCUCCGGAACGAGCAGAAAAAGGAAGGCCUCUGGUGGCACGUCACCAACGGAACAGACCUCAGCAAAUCGUCAUGUGUGCGGCACUGGGCGCGGCGGCGGCUGACGCAGGCCUUUGUUGAUGAGCUGAGGGAGAGAGGAUACGAUGACAAGGGCAAGAUGGUGGAUGCGGGGGAAGUGCAGGAUAGCUAUGUGCAGAGGGUCCUCAAGUCGGGAAGACGUGUUGAUGUGACGGGGAGCUUGAGGAUGCAUGGCGUGCCGCUGCUUGUGCCUGCAAAGUACGAGAAGGUGAAAGAGGAGGUCAGGGGGGUUGUGGAGGCGCUUGUGCAGAGCGCUGUGGAUGAAGCGCUGGAGCUCAAGGGAGAGGAGAGGAGCGGAGGCUCCACGACGAAAAGACCGCAGAGUCACAGACCGCAGAAUCAGCGACCACAAGCUGACCAGGAGUGCGUUGUCAGCAGCGCCGCGGAUGAAACCAAAGGCACCUGCUAA